AUGGACCGACCAAACCUGUGUUCGAGACUCAGGGGAAUUGAGCAUCCCGAGGAGCAAAAUCAACCAUUCAUUGAGCAAUCAAUACACGAAGAUGGCAAAGAGGGACCAGAUUAUGACACGGCGAACGCUACAAGAUUAGGAUGUAUUGCCGCCGUAUCGAUCGGCGGGAUUCUCUCCCUUCUUUGCUUGAUAGCCGGCGUUUACCUCCUCAGAACAAACCGGGCAACACUGGGGGCUUUGGUUCCUAUCUCCACUUUUGGGCGGGAAGCCAUGGCCCUUGCAAUCAAUAUCAUACUGGCACUCUGCACUGAUGGUAUAAUGUUCGCGCAUUCCGUCUCGCUACGAUGGGCGUUGUAUCACGAGGAACGCCUGGAAUUCAACACCAAUAUCCGCCUGUUCACCAGCUCCAAAAAGUUUGGCCCGAACAGAUGGUACGUAAACCUGGUAGCCCUAGCUUGUUUGAUGCUAUCAUAUGCCUCGUCCUCUGUUCUGCUGCUAUCCGAUCAAGCAGUUCCCCGCUCUGAGAGCGAAGACCAACUACCACUCCUGAUUAACGCCACCGCUCUAGUAGCGCUGGGUGUAGGUGUCGCCGGUCAAGCCGUCAUCGCCGCUUGGUGCAUAGCCUCCAGUCACAAGUGGAUUCCAACCUGGAGCUCGAAUCCGCUCAACACCGCGUUGGCCGUGAUGCAAAAAGGCGAAAUCGCUCAACGUCCCGGAAGGUGUAUGCUAUCAAUUCACCAGAGGCACGUGUCAAGCCAAGAGACAUAUCCUACAAGGCGGCAAGGAAAUAUGUUCCAAGUUCAAGUGAUAGUAAGAUACAUUCUCGCGUUGCUGUGGUCAGUAGCUCUUCUGGCUAUUGCGUGGCCUAUCGCCAUCGCGAGUAUCUCCAAGUCUAUCGGCAACGCCAGUGCUGCCGGCCAAAGCUCUCAGCCUUCUUGCUGGAGAGUUGGAUUUGAAUGGAAUCAAAACGCUUUGGCGUGCUAUCGGAACUACGUGACGCUUUCUUUGUCCCCGUAUGCGAAUGACCACAAUCCGAAUUCUGCAUCGUUUUCGUACGGUACCGAGGCUGUACUUUGUGUUCUCUUUGUCUGCCUCGUCCAGGCUAUUCAGACCGUUGCGUUGCACUGCUUGGAACUCGUCGUCAAUUUGUCCAGAGAUGAAGGCAUUUGGCGACAAGCUUACAGUGAAACAAGGGAGGCCUCUGGUGCGCAAUUGGCCACUAACCCGUUCCGUGCAGCCGCAUCGAGCUGGGAGAAUACUGUUCUAUUCAUAGCCAAAGCGUUGCUGCAUUGGAUUAUUGGUCAGAGCCUGAUUCCCUCCGUUACCCUUGAAGACACUAAAAAAGUCGAGUCACUUCUUUCCGCCUCUGUCGAAGACUCGCCGUUCAAGUACGGACUCCAGUUUGAUAUGGUAUAUCCCCGGUUGAUAUUAUACGCCGUACUAGCCGUCCUAGUGUCCGCUUUCGCAACAUAUCUGGCUCUCAAGCGACCGAGAGGCUAUCAACCUGCCGCUCUGGGGCAUCUGCAGACACUGGUGGAUCUCAUCGAUGAUUGGAAGACAGACCAGAACGGCCGAAUGUGGUGGGGGGAUAAAACUCAAGUGGGGGAUGGCCAGGUACGGCAUGCUGGAACAUGCUGGGAUAGGACAGUUCUUGGGCCGAUACUUCCUUCUAAGUAUGCGGGUUAUUGA